GCUCUUUCCACUCUUCAAAUUCUUCACAAGAAGAGAAAACGACUCUCGAGCCCUAUCUGUAAUCUGUAUCUCUCUCGACUCCUCCCCUCUCCUUUCUCUGCAACUCUAUUGACAACUUCCCCUUUCCCUUUCCCUUUCCCUUACGAAGAACGGCGGAGAAAAACCAUUUCUUGUUUUUCUUCCGUCGUUCUAAUCGGAACCUUUGCCUAUUUCCUGUGAAUUCAGGCGGCGAUCGUUGAUUCUGACAGUUUACUGUGCCAGUUUCCUGAAAUCGCUUCGUUAUUUUGUCCUCCGAAGAUGCUGAUUUCAGAAAAUGAGAAGAAAAGAGGGAAGACUCAAUUUUGAGUAAGGUUGCUUCCCUUAAAGCUGAUUCUUUUUUAGGUCUUGGAACGAUUCUUUGUUGAAGAAGAAGAAACAAGAAGAAUGGGGAACGGAAGGAGGUUGGGGUUGGGAAGGUUGAAGGUUUUGUUGUUGGUGAUGGCUACUCUUGCAGCGGUUGCGAUUCAAAGCGUGGUGUCUGAGGAAGAAAGAGUGCAUCGGAACGCUUACGUAUCGAUGAUGUAUAUGGGAACUCCAAGGGAUUAUGAGUUCUAUGUUGCGACUCGCGUGAUGCUCAGAUCUCUGUCAAGACUUCAUGUGGACGCCGAUCUCGUCGUCAUUGCCUCUCUUGAUGUACCGAUCCGAUGGGUUCAAGCUCUGGAAAAGGAAGAUGGAGUGAAAGUGAUGAGGGUAGAAAACCUGCAUAACCCAUACCAGACGGAACGAAACUAUGACAGGUUUAAGUUGACGAUGAACAAGCUCUAUGCUUGGAGCCUGGUGAAGUAUGAUAGGGUGGUCAUGCUUGACUCUGAUAAUCUCUUCCUCCAAAAGACAGAUGAACUCUUCCAGUGUGGACAAUUCUGUGCUGUCUUCAUCAACCCCUGCAUCUUCCACACUGGCCUGUUUGUGCUACAGCCAUCAAUGGAGGUGUUCAAGCACAUGAUGCAUGAAUUGGAGGUUGGACGUGAAAACCCGGAUGGUGCAGACCAGGGUUUCCUGGUUAGCUACUUCCCGGACUUGCUUGACCGUCCAUUGUUCCAUCCACAACCUAAUGGCACCAAGCUUGACGGCACAUACAGACUACCACUGGGCUAUCAGAUGGAUGCUUCAUAUUACUAUCUGAAGCUCCGAUGGAGCAUACCCUGUGGGCCUAACAGUGUAAUCACAUUCCCUAGCGUUCCGUGGCUAAAACCAUGGUAUUGGUGGUCUUGGCCAGUUCUACCACUAGGUCUUCAAUGGCAUGAGCAACGCCGACAAACACUUGGGUACAGCGCCGAGGUGCCCAUGGUAUUGAUCCUGUCAGCAAUGUACCUAGCAGUGAUGGCACUGACCCGACUUGCAAGGCCGAAUCUGUCCAAGUUUUGCUACAGAAAACCGGACAAGAGUCUAUCCUUGCAAACAGGGUUCAAGAUGGCUGUGAUGUGGUCCAUUGUAGCUGCCUACACAAUCCCCUUCUUUGUUAUACCGCGGACAGUGCACCCACUCGUAGGCUGGACUUUGUACUUGUUUGGCUCUUCAGCACUUGCCUCGGUAGCAAUUAAUUCCUUCCAGUUGGCACCACUUGCUGUAUUGACACCUGGUUUAGAGAUUGCCGGUGUACUUUUUGUCAUGGCAUGCCCUUGGUACUCAGAUGGGGUUGUGCGAGCCCUUGCUGUGUCCGCCUAUGCCUUCUGUUGUUCUCCAAUCCUUUGGGCUUCUGUAGCAAAAGUAAUGGCAAGUUUGCAGGUUUCACUUGAAAGGGAAUUUUCUUUGCCAAGGGUAGGAGAAUCUCAACAGCCAUCUGGGUUCAGCAAGUUGUAUUGAGCCACGACCAACUCACCAUGAGUCUACCACCUAAAAGAAGAGAUUCAGGUAGGCCUCUCUGACUGAAAUUUCUGCUUUUCCGUAAAUGUGGCCAGAUUACAAUUGACCACACUCGGCAGAGAACCAAGUGGUGAUUCGGAGCAAUAGAACGCAUUGUUAAUCUUUUGCAAAGAGAAACAGAAUUGAAAAGACAUUGAUUGUGAUGUAAGCCUAUGUUGAGAUAGGCAUUUUCUGUCAAGACUCUCUGGCCCUUGUGAGAAUGAGAAGCGAAAAAACAUUUCUGGGUGAUAAUCCCAUUUCUAAAGUAGCAUACAAAAGCAUUUACUCA